GUAUACUGGUCCUUCUGGUCAGUCCCACACCUGUCACACUCCUAUGUGUGGGCCACCUCUGUGACGGGCAACAAUGCUGCUGCUACUGCUACUGUUGCUGCUGGGACCUGGACCCCGACUCAGCGAAGAAACCAGGAGGUCACAUGUGUAUAAGCGUGGACUUCUGGAACUGGCAGGGACCUUGGAUUGCGUUGGUCCUCGAUCACCGAUGGCUUACAUGAACUAUGGCUGUUAUUGUGGCCUUGGUGGCCACGGAGAGCCACGUGAUGCCAUUGACUGGUGCUGCCUCUACCAUGACUGCUGCUACUCUCGGGCUCAGGAUGCUGGCUGCAGCCCCAAGUUAGACCGCUACUCAUGGAAGUGCAUGGACAAUCGCAUCCUGUGUGGACCAACAGAGAACAAAUGUCAAGAACAGCUGUGCAGGUGUGACGAGGAGCUUGCUUACUGCCUGGCUGGGACGGAGUACCACCUGAGAUACCUCUUCUUCCCCUCCUUUUUAUGUGAGAAGGACUCACCCAAGUGUGACUGAUAGGCUCAAAUGUCCCUUUGCACGUGGGAAUGAAGUUCCCAUUCAGUAAUGAAGACAGCAUUCAGUUUGUGCCCGGAGCCCUGGAGGCCAAAGCGAUAAAGCCUGUGUUUGCUUUCUCCCUCCGUUCAGGAACUCACACUAUGAGCCUGUGGAGCUGCUAGUUUGAUGAAGGUUGAAAGGCCUGGGCCUGCUUUAUACAAAUACCACUGUGUUGGGCCUGAUGUAAUUUUCGAAGUUCAACCUUUAUGAAAAGCUGUGCUAUCUCCUAACCUGCUGCAGGUGGAACUGUAGAUGAACACCUGCUUUGGCUUGGCUGUGGCAAUAACAUUGCCACGUGAUACAUCUAAGACUUGUUACUGUAAUAAAAAAUGUUCUCUCCCUGUC